UUUCCUGAUCUAUGCAGCCCUACAAUGCCUUUGAGGUUACAAUGUCUUCUCUAAAGCACGUUAUUCUGCAGGAUAAGGACACAGACAAUGAAAAGAAGCUGGACUGGAGCUACAUUGAAUGGGCUGAAAAUGAAGUUGUCACAACAGGUGUGGCGGAUGCUGAGACGCAAACGGACUCGCCAUCUUUUGAGCACAAAGAGAGCCAGACCAGUAACCCAGUCAUAAUGCACAUAGAUCUCAAACGGACACACUCCAAAAUGAGACAUUUGUCUUUGGUAAACCCAGACAACUCGGCUCCACCUUUCUUUCAGUUUGACCGCCAGGCUCCUGGACGUAUCUCCACAUCUCCCACCUUGAGGAGGAUGAGGAGCACACGACGUCCUCAGAUAGAUUUUAGAGAGCCUCACAGGAUGGGGAGCACUCAGGAAGAGCAAUCAUCUGCAAGCACGGGAUCCCCCAUAAGUCCCCUGUCACCAGUACACCGAGUAGAUUCACCUCUUGCAGCGAGCCCACUCUCUGACGGGGAGGCCGAUCAUCAGCCAGUGUCAUCCUCAGGCCAACAGCGAAGCAGAUCGCAUAGAUCAAAGACUUUUGACAACAGUAUCACUUCUGUGGAACAAGAAUGUCACAGUGCUCAUCCUUUUCUUAUUAAAGACAAUGGAUUUCCUGAGGAUGAAGUUCAGGAGAAGGAACCCUGUCAUGAUAG